AUGAAAUCGUUCGAAUCUCACAGUUGUGGAAAAAAGACGGAGCACCGCACUUGUUGCGCGUGCGGCGAGCCUAUAGCGGACCGCUUCCUUCUAGAAGUGGGCGGCGGUGCGUGGCACACGGGCUGUCUGCGCUGCUGCGUGUGCGCAGUACAGCUCGACAGACAUCCCUCCUGCUUCCUGCGGGACAGACAGGUCUACUGCAAACAGGACUAUGCCAAGAGUUUCGGCGCCAAGUGCUCCAAAUGCUGCCGUGGAAUAUCCUCAUCUGACUGGGUGCGCAAGGCCCGGGAGCAAGUGUACCAUUUGGCUUGCUUCGCCUGUGAUGCUUGUGGUCGGCAGCUCUCCACUGGAGAACAGUUUGCCCUUCAUGAGGACCGAGUGCUGUGCAAACCGCAUUAUUUAGAGACACUCGACGGAGGAUCUAUAUCGUCAGAUGAUGGUUGUGACUCAGAAGGUUAUCACAAGAGUAAGGCGAAACGAGUCAGAACCACAUUUACAGAAGAGCAGCUGCAAGUAUUACAAGCAAACUUUCAGCUGGACUCCAACCCAGAUGGCCAAGACCUGGAGAGGAUAGCACAAGUCACUGGAUUAAGUAAAAGAGUCACGCAAGUGUGGUUCCAGAACAGUCGUGCUCGUCAGAAGAAGCACCAACACACGGGAAAAGGCAAACAAACUCAAGCGAUGUCAAGAGAUACAGAUCCGGUGGGGUUUGGCCGGCCUAUCAAUCUCCACCUUACUUAUUCCUUUCAGAACAAACCACCUUUUGUUCCAAUAGAUGGAACUUCUUUCACGGACUCUUCAAUGGAUGAACUAUCAGAAGAUUCAUCGAUCCAUUGCAUGCAGAGUGAAGUCUAGGGUACAUGUAAUGCCCCUACAUCUUCUUGCCUAUAGCUCUAUCUUGUAUACCUCUUG